GUAUGUGGAGAGGGCGUAUGCAAAUCUUCUCAUGCGCGAGGACACGCUCGAGAAGGCUUCGCAACUGGCGGACGCGUUUGCUUCUCCGGAUGUGCUCGCGAGUAGGAAAGACGUAGACACGGCAUUGCAUUUAGUCGGGUCGUCCACCAGCUCGAAAGCGCUGGAAAGGAUCAGUGAAGACGUGGACCACUUACUGGCACCGCUGGCGAAGCGGUUGUUGGUGCAGUUGAGAUUGAACUACAACAAAAAACGCAGGAUGAAAAUAAACUCUGGAGGGUUGAUGACGUCGUCGUCCGUAGCUGGUUCUUCGUCCCCGAUCAAUCUGACGUCUACAAGUAGUUCAUCAUCGCUCUUGGAGGAAAUCGACGGAAUUCUUGCGGAGUUCGACCCGGAUCUGGAUUUGUGUGCUCAGGCACUGCAGGGUUAUGAGGAAGAGGCAAGGUCUGUUGCUGGACAACAGCAACACAGACAUGCCAAUGCCAGCACCUCCAGCAGUUCAUCAGCCGUCGGGGCAGCUCCUGCAUCUACAACUUCAUCUAUGGGCUGCGAAGAUGCCGCGGGCUCAACUUCUAAAAUGCUUUCGCUGGAAAAGAUGCUGGUCGCCCGUUUCGUGAAAAAUCUGGUCCACGGGAACGACUGCCUCUAUCAACUGCAGAAGUGUCUGGGUCUGGAAACUUGUGAUGCUAAAAUGUGCAUGAUGGAAACACUUCCGAAUGCAGACCAGCAUGACAACUUUCCGGAGCAUUUUCCCAUAGGAAGCCCGCAUGAGAAACGUGCGUUUUUGCAUGACAAAAAUGUAAAUGAGUGCGGCUUUAUUUGUCGGUUAUGCAAUACAGAUUUCCCAGGAAUGUAAAGCUAGCAUUACAAGUUCCAACUUUCCAGACCCAGACACUUUUGCAUUUGAUAGCCUCGCUCCCUGGACGAAAGAGACGGAGUACCCAAACCCGGACGGGGAAUUAGAGGACGACGUCAUUUCCCUUCCGCCAGAAACGGUGAACCCCGACUUCCAAGCGUUUAUCCGCUUGUCGGUUAAGCCGGAGAAACUGGGGGAAGAGGCGGUGAAAGCGUGUUCGAUAUCCCCUGAAAAUUAACCAUCCCCAUCCAAUUUGUCACGCAAAAAUUCUGUGUUUGUCAUGCAGAAAGUGGAUGGGGAUGGUUAAUUUUCAGGGAAUAUUUGACGUUGGAAACCGACUAUGAUUUCUCCGCUCGAGAAGGAGAACUGGAUGGUCUUGCAGAAGAUGAUGAGGACGAUGAAACAAGAACUGCAGAAACUACAAGUGUCAACGACAAAAAUCACGAGCCGAACAAGCGGUUUGAAAUCGAGUGCCAGCUCCUGAUUCUCGCCUACCACUGCUUUGUCGCGGGCUGUUACCAGAAGCACCUUUUGACCGUGCUGAAGUUGUUGAAGCGGCGGAUAAAGGUGUACGCGCGGAAAAACAUGGAGGACGUGUUGUUGAAGAUCUUGUACCACAUCCCCGAACCGCUACCGGAAAUCUUCAAGCAUUUCGUGCAAACGAGGGGCAAGGAAAAGCCGGAGCUGCUUUUUGAUUUCGUAAGGGAAUUGGCAAAGGACCCAAACGAAGAGGAGUUGUUUAGUGUGGACGAGGAAGUAGAUGAUACUACCAAUGAAGCGGCCACCGAGCAGGAAACGAGCGACAAUAAAUCUCCGGGAACUACUUCUGCGUCUGCACGAAAUUCCAAGAAUACUACGACAGCAAGAGCAACCGAAGCUGAUGCCGCAGGAGACGAGCCUAAGCAGCCACCGGGUCGUUCUGACUUUCCUACUGUAGAAGACCAUAGUAACACCGACGAAGAUGACAAUUCUUCCAGCCCGGACAGCACUCACUCCUCCGCCCGACAGCUCGAGGACGACCAAAAUAAGAUGAUCACCUCCACCAUCGAGAUGCAACGGGUCGCUUUUGUCAGGUUCCUCCAGGAUGCGGAGAGGCGGAAAACGUUGCCCUUUGAGGUCCUGGUCCAGUGUCUGGACAUUUUGAAGUUGAAUUCCCAACUCGCGGAGCUGCUGUAUACUCGUGGUAUGUAUCAAAUGCAAAAUAAGUGUCUGGGUCUGGAAGAUUGCGAGAUUUGUCAUGCUUGUCUGGAAUGACCAAAAAGUUUGUGACGCGUGUCGAGGAAGAUACCCUUUUGCCUGUCAUGCAAAAACGCAGCUUGUCAUGCGAAAAACGCAACACAAAGAAGCGCAGAUAUUUCUCAUGCUUGGCUGUGCAUUACAGAGCAUUCACUAUUCCCAACGCAGCAUUACAAGUUGCCAGACCCAGACACUUUUGCAUUCGAUAGUAUGCAACAACUGAAGAAACUCCCCCGGAACUGGCGCGAGCUUUGUUCCCAGGAAAACGAGGGGAAUUUGUUGCUGAUUUUGUCCUAUGCAUUGCAAAAGUAACGUACGUAGUAUGAAUUGCAUUACAAAUCAGCCCAGCAUUGGAAAUGGAAUUUGUAAUGCUGUUUUACCUCGAGAACGAGAUUUGUAUUGCAUAAAUGCAAUUACUACGAGUACGAUACUUUUGCACAGGAUAUGUCACUCUUCCUGCAAGCGGGCAAGAAGUUUGAGCUGUGCGAGAGGUUAGAGAAGCACUUGGAGUGUUGCCGUGUCGCGGCUCUGAUCUCCGUGCAGUUGAAGGGGAUUCAAGUGCAUUUGGCCGUGGCGUUGCAGGAGUUAAACCAGGCGGAUGAGAAGCGGAUGAAGGAGCGCGACCGGCUGAUUUUUCAAAAAGAGUUGGAGGCGGUAUGAAAGUGCACAACUCCCCCUCCCCCUCAUUUGUCAUGUAAAAGCCCAAAUCCAAGUGCUUUCCUGCGGUACUGUGUGGAUGACAGAUUUCGGAAGCCCAAACAGUACUACACUAGGCGCAUGAAUUAAUUUGUCAUGAACAGGCUCCACGUAUGCUGGUGUUUGUAUUGCUGUUCAUGCAAUACAAAUGAGGGGCGGGAGGUGGAGUUGUGCACUCUCAUAGGCAGAGCGGGAAAUGCUGAAGAGGAGGAGUGCGAUAUUGUGAGGAAAAAUGCCCCCACUCCAGAACUUGGGAGCAUUUGUUUUGCAAACCUUUCCAAUGGAAACACUCGCGAUCUUGCAUGUACCAGCAUCACAGAUUUUCAACCUUAAGUAGCGAAACUUUGUAUUGCGAAAGAUCCCAGAAAGAGCGGCGCUUGUCAUGCAAGCGAUGCUGUAUACGACUAGAAUCUGCACCAGAAAGAUUCGUAGUCCCUUCAUGCAUGACAAAAAGUUUUUAUUUGGAAACUUCGCAUCACAAACUCCGGCGUGAGGGCAUUUUUCAUUGUAACAUGCGAAAGAGGAGAAAGAGGAACGCAUGUUGGUGGAACAGCAAAACAAACUUCUCAAGCAGGAAACGAAUCAUCUUCGGAUGAUGCAGUUGCAGAAUAUGAAUAUGAGCAACAGCAACAGUAGUUCCGCAUUUUCCCUUGCCGGCGCUGAAUACUCCACCAUGGGCGGAUCGGGGCAAAUUAUUCCGCUAGCCGCCAACUCUGCGACUGCGAACCGAGCACGAAGAAGUGUACUGCUGGGGAGCCAAAAUGCAAGUCGUGGUGAUGACGAUGUUGACGAGAUGAAUUUCAUAGACCACGGCGAGUUUGCGUCGUCCUCAAAUGCCGUCGGUCCGAACGAUUUCGAGUUGGGGAGAACGCCGAGUAAAACUUUUUUGACAGCAGCAUCAAAUAGAAAUAGCGUUGUAGAUGAUGAACAACAAGCAGUUCCUGUGGUGGAAAAUUCAUCAUCGUCUAGCAACUAUGCGAAGCAGAGUCAACAGCAGCUGAACAACGAUGCUUUGCGGAGCAGGUUAGAGACCCCGGUGAAAAGAGCAGGCACAGGGGAUGUUGACGCAGAGGACAAACUACAAGAUCAAGAUCAGCAGCCUUUCCUGUUUGUGGGCGAGACAGCGGAUAAUGAGGGCGAUGACAACCCUUUCGAAGGACAACAGCAAACAGCAUCUACCAUUCAAAUAAGAAGGCGCAGCCCUAAUGUAGUCGGACUCGAGAGCAGAAACAGACACAAAAAGGACGAAUUAGAUUUCCUUCUCGCCCCUCGUUCCCCGGAGCAGAAGAAGGAAGCGCUGAGUUUGCUGGAGAAAGAUGGUGCACAGGACAGCACUAAAAAUGCCGCCGCCAGCAGGAGCCGGCGUGGAGCCAACUCUUUUGACGGAUCAGAAACUACGAACAGCGACGCCUCUGGAAAGAUGAAACUGGACGGAGACGACAACGAGUUUGGAAAUAAGACAAACAAAGGCGAACAGUCUUCCCGCACCGUCACCACCACCUCCGCUUUCGGACCUUCAUUGCUAUCUCCAGAUUUGAUUCUCGAUAUGGACGAGAAUGAAGACGAGGAUGAGAAAUUGUCGUCUGCCGGUUCAUCUUUUCACCAGAACAAGCGAAAGCAAGGAGCGAAUCCCUCGACUGUGGGAGGUGAGAUGACAUCUUCCCACGAAGUCCACUCGGAAGCGAGCAGUACCGGUGCGGAAAGUAGUACACCAAGCACGUCGGCCAAACACGGAAACAAAAGCACAGCUUCCAACGCGGCGGGGACAUCCGCAUCCUUUCACUUAGGCGGAGGGCCUAGUGGUACCGCUGACGAGAACAUGAAAAAGAACAACACGACUCUCGAACAGCAAGAAAAGGAAGAGAACAUCAACGAGCCAGUGUCCUGCAACACGACCACGAAGAGAUUGAUGCAGAAACUGUUGCAGGCAGAGAAGAUGGGGCUGAAGAACAGUGCCGCGACCAAUUCCAUCGGUGCAACUACAGCUAGUUCUGACGUCGAUUUCGAAGAGAUGAAUCACGAAAGCAAAAAAGCUAUGAUCGAAUCGCUCCGGCCCAUCUCCGACGCAGAUCUAUGCUGAGAAAAAACGUCCCCACCCCAUAGUCAAGUUGGUAAAUCUGCAACACAAAUCUCCAAUCUUUGAGGAUCGUGCAUGACAAGUUUCCAUCUGCAGUGUUGUGCUGGUUAGCAAGGGAAGCCGCAUGAGAGGGCCAUUUUAUCAUGGUGUUUAAAGCAAUACAAAUGCCAAAACACGACUGGAAAUGCAUCUCAUCGAGAUGCGCAUUACAGAUGCUCUUGUCAUUGCGCAUUUGCAUGACAACUCUGGGGUGGUGACGUUUUUGCACCUGAUAAGAUCCGUUUUUAGUGUUGAAUCUGACGCGAAAGGAGUUUGAAACCUUUUGCGAGUACCACUGCGAUUAUCUCUGCGUGGACACCGUGGUGUCCGCCUAUACCGGAACCACCUCGCGCAACAACGGCAGCGGCUACGAUCUCUUCCAUGAUCAAGAUUCACGACCUAAUGCUCCUGCCACCACUAGCGGCACAUCCUCUUCUUCUUCUGGUGCAUCUACUUCCGUGAACGAGACGACGACGACCCCGGCGGCAAAGCCAACCAAAGAGCCUGAUGCACUUCAUCCGACGGAAGAACGACCAGCUGAUUAUCCCAGUUCGGAGAUCACCGACGAUGGUGUCUCGAUCUGGGCAAAGUGCCUUUUCCGACAGGUGAUCGUGAAUCGAAAUCUGAUUUACUUGGCGCUAUUCCUCGAUUCCCGGGAGUUGACGCCGCUGAUGGUACAGCAGACCAUCGAUUUGUACAAGAAGAAAUCUGCUGGGUUUUCAACUCACGCCUCGGGCGGAAAAAUGUCUGCUCACCACUCGUCCGCCGCGGCGAGUUCGCAUCAUGCGGCCGACCACCAGAGCAAUGACAACUACUCCACGGGCGCGAAACUUUUUCUGCGCACCGCGGUAACGAAUCUGGAGCAACGGUUGAAAUUUGCAAAGGAAUUGAAGUUUGACGACAUUGUCGCCGAGGUGGGGCCGCUGGUCUACGAUUUCUCCGCGAUUGUCAACUGA